CGCAGCCGCCGCCGCCCGCCCGCCCCCGCCGCGGCGGCGGCCGGGCCCGCGAUGCCGAACCAGAAGGGCGGCAAGGGCAAGAAGAACAAGCGCGCCAACAGCAGCGGCGACGAGCAGGAGAACGGGGCGGCGGCGGGCGGCGGAGCCGCGGCGGCGGCGGGCGGCGGUGCCGCGGGUGGCGGCGGAGCCGGAGCGGCGGCCGCGGGCGGCGGCGGCGGAGCGGGCGGCGGAGCGGGCGGCGCGGCGGCCGCGGGCGGCUCGGCGCCCGGAGACGUCAAGAGCGAAGCCCCUUGUGCUACUCCACUGAUCUGUAGCUUCGGGAGGCCGGUGGACCUGGAGAAGGAUGACUACCAGAAGGUUAUAUGCAACAACGAGCAUUGUCCCUACAGUACUUGGAUGCACCUUCAGUGCUUCUACGAGUGGGAAAGCAGCAUCCUUGUCCAGUUCAAUUGCAUUGGCAGAGCCAGGAGUUGGAACGAAAAGCAGUGUCGCCAAAACAUGUGGACCAAGAAGGGAUACGACCUGGCUUUUCGGUUUUGCUCCUGUCGGUGUGGGCAGGGUCAUUUAAAGAAGGACACGGACUGGUACCAGGUGAAGCGAAUGCAAGAUGACAAGAAGAAGAAAUCAGUGUUGGAGAAGAGUACGGGAAGGUCCAUGACAGAAUCUGCAGAGGAGGCCAAAAAAGGCAGGCCGGCUAAUAAGCCGCAGAAAGGCUUGAGUAAUGACCUGCAGCGAAGGCACUCUAUGGACAGGCAGAACUCGCAGGAGAAGGGUGUCAUGGGUGGCAGCUACGCUGUUCGCUCGCCCUGUGUCUCUCCUGGCCAGUCCCCACCCACUGGCUACUCUAUCCUCGCCCCCACGCAUUUCAGCGGCCCUCGUUCCUCGCGAUACUUGGGAGAGUUUUUGAAGAAUGCCAUUCACCUGGAGCCCCAUAAGAAGAACAUGGCUGGUGGGGGCAUGUUCAGGAAUGCACAUUUUGAUUACGGGGCAGCUGGCUUGCAGGCACAUAGAUCAGGACACUUCGAUACCCCAGUGCAGUUUCUGAGAAGGCUCGAUCUAUCCGAGUUGCUCACUCACAUCCCCAGGCAUAAAUUGAAUACUUUCCAUGUGCGAAUGGAAGACGAUGCCCAGGUGGGCCAAGGGGAGGAUCUUCGGAAGUUCAUCCUUGCUGCUCUCAGUGCCAGCCACAGGAAUGUUGUAAACUGUGCUCUGUGCCACAGGGCGCUGCCAGUGUUUGAACAGUUUCCGCUGGUGGAUGGGACCCUGUUCCUUAGCCCGUCAAGACAUGAUGAGAUUGAAUAUGAUGUUCCCUGUCACCUUCAAGGAAGGCUUAUGCACCUCUAUGCUGUUUGUGUAGACUGCUUAGAAGGGGUUCACAAAAUUAUCUGCAUUAAGUGCAAGUCCCGAUGGGAUGGAAGCUGGCAUCAGCUGGGCACUAUGUAUACCUACGAUAUUCUGGCAGCAUCUCCCUGUUGUCAGGCUCGACUGAACUGUAAGCACUGUGGGAAGCCAGUAAUAGAUGUGCGGAUUGGCAUGCAGUAUUUCUCUGAAUACAGCAACGUCCAGCAAUGUCCUCACUGUGGAAAUCUAGACUACCACUUUGUGAAGCCAUUUUCUUCAUUUAAAGUUUUGGAGGCUUAUUGACGAAAGCUUUGCUUUAGUAAUAGCUAUUUUAUGGGUAUUUCAACUUUAUUACAUAUCUUUUUAUAGGAUUCAUUCUGUGAUGAAAUCUAAUUUCUUUUCUAACUGAAAAAGCAGCUUCUUUGUCAGUGUACAUAUUAAUAUGUAUAUAUACAUGUUGUUAAAACCAGAAUCCUCCUGACAAGAUCUCUGUGAAGGUUGGAGGCAAGCCAAUUUAAUGGCCUUUCAAUAUAUCCCGUGUGUGGGGUAAAGUUCAGCUAAAAAAUCAUUUGGGUUUAUUUUUUGUAUAGUUGUAAUACAGUUUAUAGGAAGGGUGUGGGGAGACAUAAAGGACAGAGAAAUAUGUCCAGUUGGAAAAUGGGUAAUUGCAUAGGGUUGUUCCUCCAGCUUGGUGGAAAUGGGAAAUCCUUGGAAAGAAAUGUUUCUGUUGCUGUUGAAUUCGUUCAGGCUUUUGCAUUGGUUCCCAGGGGUGCAGGAGCUGGCCUUUUGUUGCCAGUCCCCUCGGCAGGCUUUCUUUCAGAUUUCCCAUGACCAGGGUAAACUGAGGUAUCAUGACAAGUGAAUGUAAACGUGUGCCAGAAAAUGCAAUCUUGAAUUAAUUAUUUCGGCAUCGCGUCUUCCUGCUGUGUGUGUUUGAUGUGCAUUGCCCUCACUGACUUAUAGUGCAGGCAGUAGUGCUGCUUCCAACAGGGCUGUCAUGUGCCCAGCUGGGUCACCUGCUCAUACCAAAACAAGCUGGAGAUCUCAAAAUGCUUUAUUUAAAGGUAUUUCUUCACAGACAUUUUAGGGAAGGAGCUGUCUGAGCUGAACGGGGAUGCGAUUGUAUGUGCCUGCUGGGACUGAGGCUUUACUGUCUGCUGCAGGCUGGUGUGGAAGGAGAACCAUGAGGUGGGGUCUAGGCCCUCAGACCUGUAUGAGCUUACAGGUACUGUGACACUGUUGAGGCAGGAUGAUAUGAAAGGAUUCCACAUCAGAAGGUUUGAGAGUAAAACUGAUUUAUUUCAAAUACAUCUCUCUUUUAUAGAGAGUAUAGUCUCGACCCAUUCUAUUGGUCCUGAAGUAAAAACAUCUCAUCCAUUGGUGUGCAGUGAAUGACACAGUGGCAGAACUUAUCUAUAAACAAUGUGAACAACAAGAGAGAUAAAGAAUUAUUUACAUUCUUUCUCAACUGUUUCCCAGACUUCUGCCUGGUUAGAAACCUUUGUUUUCUCUCUGACUGAACUGAGAAUACCCACAGGUACUGAGUACAAAACUUGUCAUCACUUUUUAAAACAAUUAAUUGCUGCAUCUUCUCCUUUCAAAAUUGUGUUCGGUCUAGGAUCUAAAAACAAGGAGAUGUUUUAAGAAAGCAAACUUAGCAUAUUUACUUUCUACAUGCCUCUGUGCUGUACAUAAUAGACUGCAUUAAGCAGUGAAUUUGUAUCAGAGAGCUUGGCCCUGUAGACUCUGCAGUUGUUCUUUCUUGACUCCCAUUUCGCCCUUCCUUAAAUAAAUUUUUCAAAAUAGGUCAUUAAUCUUUUGCUUGGUUUCUCAGAUCGGUUGAGAUUUAAGGGACAUUGUGUUUUUUUUGCUUUUCUCGGUAGUGUAUUUAUGAAGUGUUUGUCCACUGGAGAAGUGUGGGGGUUUUUUUCUGUUUACAUGGUGGGAUUAUUUUUUGUUUCUUCUGAAGUCUUUUGUUUUUCCAAAUUAGAAUCUUUUUAGAGUGUAUCUGUUAAAAUCAUGGUCUUAAAAAUGGCCCUGAUAGUCUGCCAUCCUGGGAAAGAAAACAAAAAAGUCAGAAGCCAAAAUAGUGUUUUUUUCCUAUGUUGGAUUGAGAAUUACACUUUCUACCGAAUUAAGAAAUUAUCGUGCACAUAAAACUCAAGUUGAAUAUCCAUGUUUCUUUGUGUGUAAAAAUGCUGAGUUCAGAGUUUUAUUUCCUGGCUGUCUCCACUGCGGAAUUAGCUCUUUUUAGCAUUAGCUACCCUUCAAGUAAUACCCAAGCUGCACAGAACGCUUCUGUUGGCACAGUUUGAGUGGCAAUGUCCUUGGGUGCCACCCAGCUCAUGCAGUCCAGCGCUGCUCUGAACAGCCAUGGUGGCAGGCUGUGGUAGCCUUCACCACUGCUCUCCUUUGUGCAAGUUCCUGGGCUGGGUUUUGGGUCUGGAGCACGUUCUUGGGGUUUUGUGCAGUUGUCCUGUUGGCAACAGUUUUGGGAAAACCUGUUUCUUCUUCUUGGAGAAUUACGAGAAAGACAUUGAGAGACGUAUAAAACAUCCUUUCAUGGCUACUACAAAGUUACAUGAAGCCCAGGUGCAGUGAGACCAGUUCUGCACCCACUGUCCCUAGGAGCAGGACCUGGCCUGGGCAUACCUGGGCAGGAAGGAGAUUUCUCACAGAUAAACCCUGAUUAGCUGUGCAGUGUAGACUUCCCUUGUGAAGAGCAAUGGAAUUAUAAUUUGGAUUAACUCCUCCAGAAGGUUGAGCCCUGCAGCUUUGAUGGUGUGUUGAGCAACCUGCUGGAGUUAGGGUGGCUAAUGAGGUUGGAGUUGUGUUGCCUGGCAGUUCUGUGAGAACCAGACCACACAGAAAACGGUGGCUGUCGCAGCGACCUGAAAUCACACAACAAAGACAAAGCUCCUGUAAUUAAGCAAUUAAAGAGAGCAAUUAAAGCAUACUUCUCUUACUGUAGGUUCAGUCUUCAGUGCCAGUCACACAUUAUGAGUCUGGAGUGUGAGCUCCCACACAGGAUACAUGGCAUUGUGUGCCCACUUUUUUUGUACAGUGUUGGGAGGAGGUGUCACUGUACAGUGCACAUGGUAGGGGAGAAGUGGGCUCUGGAGUUGUCCUAGGUACUUGUUCAUUUGCUUCCCUUAGAGUAGCUUAAUUUGCAGUUCUGCCCUUUAAGUUCUUGAAUGCCUCUCUAGACAGUAUGUGUGGCAAUCAAAAAUGAGUAGAUGUGGAAUAAAGGAAAUAUGGUCAGCUUUAAAGUAAGUAUUUGAGAGAUUGUGUAAUACAUCCAAGUCAAAUCCAGGAAUGGAACAGACUGAGAAAAUGGGAAGGGAAAAGCACAUUUAAAGUUGUAACACUGACAAGAAAUUACAUACAAAUCUCUAAGAAAGCAGUUUAGUUUUUUGCCAGCUUUUCCUUUUAAUUCUGCUGUUGAGUCUUACCUACUGCUUAAGGAAUGCAUAUUUUCUUGUAAAACACAUCUCUCAACUGGAGACUAGCAGCAUACAUAGCACUGUAAAAAUGAUCCUCAGUGGAAACCAGCUGAGCUACAGAAAGGUUCUUCUGAACUUUGCUUCAAAGUAAAUGAUCUCUAAUUUGUAAAGACUUUCCCUGCUUCUUGUUGGUGCUAAAAGCUGCUCUUGAGUCACUGGAAAAUGCAUGAUUUUCUCUAACAUGCAGAUUCCAGUCAAGCAGUCAGCCCUCACCUUUGACCAGGAGAAUUUCCUGGGCUUUACUGAAGCAGAUGUACAAAUGCACCUUCUUUGGGACCUAAUAGCUACUUUGGAGGUUAAACUAGACCACAGUUGCUCUGCUUCCUGUCUUGAGAAGCACUGGAAGUAGUCAUGAGCUUACAAAUACAUCAUAAAGGAAAUUACUUCCCAAGCUAGGGAGCAGCUUGCUUUGUUUAUUUGACUAGUUUAUUCUUCAUUACCUUUAUUUUCUCUGAUGCUAUGUGUUCUUUUUAAGCUGGCCCAUUGUCAGAUUAAAUUUGCCUGAAAUAUGUUUUAUAAAUGAGAAUGUACUCCUCUGGAUUUGGAGGUUCAUUCUGCUCUUCUUAACUGCACGAUACUCCUUGUGAUAGCAGUAGGAGUUGCAUGUGCAAAUGCUUUUCUUUCCAGUAGUUAACUUUCCUUUCCAUAGGAGAGGCGUGCAUUUAGGUAGACUUCAUAUUUUGGAUGUGUAAAGCUGAAUUUAUUCAUCACUAAGAUGUCUACAAAUAAAUUUUGAUAACCAUAACUAACAAAAUAGACAUCUUUUACAUGCUGAUGUGUAAUUUGACAUCAACCAACGUGAACAGCCUGAAAUUGUUGUUCUAAUGCUGCAGUCAUUAAAACUACAGUGUUGUGUAGCCAGACCACAGACUAUCUUAUAGUCUAUUUACACUAACAUCUCCAGUAAUGAGCUGUGUAUUCAUAAUGAGUUUAAUUGGAAAAAUACUGAAUAUUCCUACACGGGAGGCAGCUAGCCCGAUAUUUUUCUUUUUUCCUUUUUUUUCCUCCCUCCCAUGUAUUCCUCAUUUUGCUGUACCAAGUAACCAAGGACAAACAUUGUUGUAAGGUCACUGGUGAGAAAACCCCUCAAAAAUAUACUUGUCCAUAAAGGUUUCUUGUUGAGACAUUCUUGGAUUGCACUUUUGCAGAUGGAAGAAUAUGUACAUAGCAAAUGAAUGUUGAUGAAAUUAAAAUAAUUGGUUAUGAUAUCAUUUACAUGUGUUGUUAAGGAAUAUUUUGUUGUGAGUUCUCUGUAUUAAAAAGUAAUAAAUACCAGACAGCUGA